GAAAUUACUUCGAUAUCUUCUUGUAUUUGCUUCAGAAAAUAAUGAGGGGUGUUAUUGUUUUAAUUGCAUAUCUUAUUAUUGCAAAGAUUUGCGGUACAGCUAGUACAAACAACAGAGGUACAAACAACAGAGGUAGAAACAACAGAGGUACAAACAACAGAGGUACAAACAACAGAGGUACAAACAACAGAGGUACAAACAACAGAAGUACAAACAGCAGAGGUACAUUUAACAAUGUUGGAUACUCAACUAAAUACUAUCAUAAGAUUGGCUACAUGUAUGAGCAAUCUCCCAUUGCAACAUCAGUUAUGUCAAUGGCUGCCUACGACAUGGAAAUAGCUGCGGUGCAAUGUUUGUCUACUUGUCAAAAAGAGGCUAAUUUGGGCACUAAAAGUUGUAUUGCUGUGAAUUUCAACACAAGAAAUGGAACUUGUCAACUUCUCUCCAAGCAGCCUCUGUAUAAGUAUGAUACCAAAGUGAAAAGUCGUGCUUUGUGGACAUUAUAUACGGAAGAACCUAUAAAAUAUCCACGUGAUUGUGAAGAUAUUGAACAAAAAGACAUAAUCAAAUAUUACAAAAUUCAGCCAGACACAAGUAAACCCCCCUUUUCUGUUCUGUGUUCUAAACACGACUUAUAUCGUACAUAUAUCCAAUAUCACGACAGAUUAAGCAGUUUUGACUUUCAGAAAGGGACAUGGGAUCAAUAUCAAAAUGGCUUCAAAGACGAUCAUACCUCUGGCCGUAAAGUUUAUUAUUGGAUAGGAAAUGAGAAUCUCCACACUCUUACACACAGUCGGAACUAUUCUGUUAGAUUUGGCUGUGAAAACUCUAAUGUUAGAUCCGGCUGUGAAAAAACUAAACUGAAGCGAAUACAUUACAGCGGGUUUUUAGUUGAUAGCAAACAAAACUAUUAUCAACUGACUAUUGGCUCUGUAAUCAAAAAUGACGAUGACAUGGAUGAUGCCAUUAUAAAUGGGUCGAGAUUUCUGACACAUGAAAAUCACACAGAAGAUGCAUGUGCCAGCCAAGGUGGAUGGUGGUACAAGAAUUGUACAAAUGCUAACUUUAACACAGCUAAUGAGAACAUGUUUUGGGGAGGUAUGAAAUGUUCUAUAAGUAGAAUAAGAGUGCAACUUGUCAAGGAUGACCAUAUGUUUCUGAAUGUGUGACGAAGCAGUUUUCAUAAUUAUCCAAGUCACCACUGAAGGAUUAUUCCUCAAAAGGAACAUGGAAUGAUAGAUAGUACAACUGACUUUAGACAACUGCAUUGUCUCUUGAGAAAGGUAUCAUGAUAACUAAGACUCUGUGAAAUUAACUGGUAAAUUAACUCAUCAACAUACUUUUUGAAAAAUACUGACUUAAUUUAAGAAGUAGAUAUAAUAUAAUGGGAACAAUUUGUAUUUCUCAAAGGAGUUAAACAUCCAUGAGUGACAUGUUUCUCAUCACCAAUGAAACUAUGGGUGACAUGUUUAUCAUUAUUCACCAAUGAAACAUUGGGUGACAUGUUUAUCAUCAUUCACCAAUGAAACAUAGGGUGACAUGUUCAUCAUCAUUCACCAAUGAAACAUUGGGUGACAUGUUUAUCAUCAUUCACCAAUGAAACUAUGGGUGACAUGUUUAUCAUCAUUCACCAAUGAAACAUUGGGUGACAUAUUUAUCAUCAUUCACCAAUGAAACAUUGGGUGACAUGUUUAUCAUCAUUCACCAAUGAAACAUUGGGUGACAUGUUUAUCAUCAUUUACAAAUGAAACAUUGGGUGACAUGUUUAUCAUCAUUCACCAAUGAAACAUUGGGUGACAUGUUUAUCAUCAAUCAGCAAUGAAACUAUGGGUGACAUGUUUAUCAUCAUUCACCAAUGAAACAUUGGUUGACAUGUUCAUCAUCAUUCAGCAAUGAAACUAUGGGUGACAUGUUUAUCAUCAUUUACCAAUGAAACUAAGAGUGACAAGUAAUCAUUUACCAGUGUGACAUAAGUGACAAGUUUAUCAGUAUUUAUCAAGGAAUCAAGGAAUGACAAGUUAAUCAUUAUUUACCAAUGAAAUGUUGAAUGAUAUGUAUAUCAUCAUUUACCAAUGAAACUAUGAGUGACAAGUGAAUCUUGAUUUACCAAUGAAACAAUGAAUGUUAAUGAAAUGAAAGUUAAUCAUCACUGCCAAUGAAAUGUUGAGUGACAUGUUGAUCAGAAUCACAAUUGAAACAAUGAGUGACAUGUAAUUGUUGUUUAGCUUACCUUCCUUCCCCAGUCAAGGCCUUCUCCAUGUCCACACCAUAUCCAGAUGAAUGACCUCUGAGCUGCUAUCUUUUCUAUUUCCAAACCCAUUAUCUGAAAAACAACCAUAAAUACCAAUAGCAGAUUUUGAGGUUAUACAAUGAAAUUUCAUUUAGUGUGAUACAUAUAAAUCCGAUGGUAAACAUCUUACAUUUCAAGAUGUCUCUCUAUGACUAGCAACAUUUUGGCUGAGAGCUCUAUAGCCAAGAACUUGAGAUAACAUCAGAACUCCUGUAAUUUAUUUUACGAAAUAAAAAUUUA